AUGAGCAUCAAACCUGGUCAAAAGACGGUGCUUAUUACCGGCUGCACGCCGGGCGGCAUUGGACAUGCACUAGCUCUCGAAUUCCACGCCAAGGGCGUUCAUGUUAUUGCAACGGCCCGUAACCCAGCUGUGCUCAGUGAAAUGGCCGAUCUCGGCAUGACAACCCUCCAACUGGAUGUUACCAAGCAGGACAGCAUCAAGGCCUGCCACGAUGAGGUCGCUAAGCUGACAGGAGGGAGGUUGGAUAUUCUGGUUAACAAUGCGGGCCGCACGCAUACUCACCCUGCUACUGACAUCGACCUUGAUGAUGUUCGUGAGACCUUCGAGACCAAUGUGUUCGGUGUCAUGGCUAUGUGCGCUGCUUUUGCCGACCUUCUGAUCGCAGCCAAGGGCUUGAUCAUCAACAUCGCCUCUCUAGCAGCCAUCACCCCCUAUGUUUUCGGCUCUGUGUACUGCGCUUCCAAGGGCGCUGUCGUCUCAUACUCGCGCACCCUUCGCCUGGAGCUCAAGCCAUUUGGCGUCCGGGUCAUGGUUGCCAUGACUGGCACUGUGCGUAGCCAGAUCGCUAGCAAACCUCACCGGACGCUACCUGAGAACAGCAUUUACCAGCGGAUUAAGGAGGUGUUCCAGAAGCGGUUGACUUUCUCGCAAAACAAUGCGACAGUUGAUACCCAUGUGUAUGCUCGGAAACUGGUAAGCAAGGCGCUAUCGUAUGAGAGCCCGCUGUUGUUGCGUGCGUGGUUCGGCAGGCCGGACUGGUUCUGGGCUGGUGGCUGGGCUCGUGGGGUGUGGUUCUCUACCUGGUUUGGCGAGUGGCUGCUCGACUUUGUUCUGUAUCGCAUGAUCGGGAUCAAGAAGCUUGAGCGGAUCCUGAAGGAGGAAGAGCAGCAAAAGAAGCUGAAGUAA